AAUCCUGAAAUGUUUUCCUCAAAAAACAAUUUCUUUACGUCUAUAUCAUCAGAUGGUAAGAUGUAACUCAAAUGUCGAUUCGAAAAUUAGCCCUGUCUAAAUGGGGUUUAUUUAUCACUUUAUUGUUGCUUUGGCACAAUCUGUAUUGUAAAAAGCGCUAUAUAAAUAACGGUCACUUGACUUGUAUUGAAACUGCAACCUGGACCUUCAACCUGUUGGUCCCUGUUGAAGUCCACUAUAUGGAGAAAAAUCCUGGAAUGUUCUCCUCAAAAACAUUUAUUUUCGACUGAAGAGUGAAAGACAUAAACAUCUUGGAUAACAUGGGGGAUAACACUGAUGGACCGUUUUAACAAUGUCCUUCGUACCUUUCUGGUCCUUGAACUUGGUGGUUAUGUUGCUGUCUAUGCAGGGUCAGAUACCUUUUGGAUUUCAUCAGAAAUAUCUUAAUUUGUGUUCUGAAGACAAAUGAAGGUCUUAGGGGUUUGAUGCAACAUGAGGCUGAGUAAUGACAGAAUAGUAAUGAUUGGGUGAACUAACCCUUCUGCUUGUUGACGGGUGAAAAGCAAUGAGCAAAUGAUGUGGCACCAAUCCAGUAGGUGGCGGAAACGCACCAUAUGUUGUAUGUAAACAAGCACAAGAAGCACUCGAUGCUGCUCCUUUUUUGUGCAUACGUAAAUGGAUGGAGAGAGCAGCUGUCAAGCUGCAGAAAGUACCAUAACAAUAGCCCACGUGACUCGCGCGCCCUAAAGCCUCCAAAUGCAGCUCUAUGAGAAUAAGAGGGAUUUUUGACGGAUAUCUUGCCAUAGCUGUCAUGUCUCGUUCCGCUUCUGCACGUUCAAACAUGGCUCCUCUGCGUUUCGCGUAACAGUGAGUCCCUGCAAAGCGCAGCUUGAUUUGUUGUUGUUUUUCGCAAUGGUACGCGUUUGUGCGUUUCCUAGCUGUUUCAACCGAGAGAAAGCGAUACGACUCCGUCCAGCUGCAUCAUCACAGGAGGAAAGUUUGACUUUCCACACAUUGCCGCUGCAUGAUCCAGAAAGGCUGAAGCUGUGGCUGCUCGCUCUCAAACGUGAUGUAAAUUCACCCAUUGAAAAUAUCCGCGCGUUGAGAGUCUGCAGUGACCAUUUUUCGCCGGACGAUCUCACAGGACCAACUCGAAGAUAUCUGAAGUCAACUGCUGUGCCUAGGCAACAAACGGAGGAAACUGUGAUUGAACCAGACGCCCUGUCAGCAGACAACAGUUGGGAUAUAGAAGAUGAUGAUGAUGAGGUGUAUUAUGAAGAUGACUUUGAGUCAACUUCAGGAAAACAAAAGAACCCCAGAACCUGCUCUGAACAACGUGGUCAGCUUAUUUUGAAUGUUACAAAUCCACCUACAGAACCAUCUACAUCUCUAUCUACUUUUGGGUCCUACUAUGCUCUUCCACCCACAUGGCACUACCAAAUGGAUUAUCCUGCUGAGGCUGGGCUACAAAUGGAAGAUUGUUAUGAUGUAAACGCUAACAUGGAUUCUGUUGCUUAUUCAGAAGAUGAGAGCUUGAUGCUGGGCUCUACGUCUGCAGCUGGUGUCUUUAUGCCCAGUGAGGAUUUCACAGAACAUCCGGACAUGUACCAGGGAGAGGACAUGGCCCAGUGUUCAGAAGAGCUUGUGAUCACUAAAGUUGAGGACACUAAUGAAAUGGACCAGAAUGAGGAUUACAAUGGGAUGACUGAAAUGGAUGGACCAGAAGAUUCAGAAUCACAGAGAGCCAAAGACAGCAGGACUAUGGAAUCAUCUUCUGUAAUGGCUGUUGACAAAAGAAUUAAAGCAACCCCAAUUGUCAUAAUGCCUUUGAAGAUCAAGGAUGAACCGAUGGAUGACGAAUGGAAGAAAGCACCACAUUCCCCGAUGGGAAACAUUAAGGAUGAUGAGGAUUUUGACCAAGCACUGGAUGAUAUCAAGACACAAGGAGCUCCAGUAGGCAUCCCAGAAAAGGCACCAUCAAUACCAGAAAAAUCCAUUCAACCUUUAAAACGACAUGGUGUGUUGUGCACAGCCUGUAAUAAGGUCAUGCUGAAGGGACAUACAGCAUUUCAACGUAGUGGCUCUUCUAAACUCUACUGCUCACCUCAAUGUCUCUGCAGCUCCAAGAAGAAAACAUGUCACUGCUGCCUUAAAGAAAUUCGUGAUGAGAAUAUCAUAAUUGCCCCGAUGGACGUGUCUGGGACUGUGAAGGAGUUCUGCAGUCAGAAAUGCCGCAGCGCUUUUAACUUCAAGUGCAGUGUGUGUCAGAAGACAGGAGUGACUCAUAGUCAUGAGGUGAAUUACAUGGGCUCCAUUCAUAAGCUGUGCAGUGACAGCUGUUUCAACCAGUUCCGCUCCUCCAAUAAGCUGAACAUGAACAGCUGUGUGAACUGUGGAGGAUAUUGCUAUGGUACAGACAGUCAGUGUCCGUCUCUGAGGAUGGAGGACAGAGUUAUGAAGUUCUGCAGCCAAAACUGCCUCACAGCCUACAAAAAGAGGAGUCUGAAACUUGUCACCUGCAAAAUGUGUCAUGCCCUGCGCCCAGCUGCAGAUGCGGUGGACACUCCAAACUCGGAGGGUAUCAGGGAGCUUUUCUGCUCCACUUCCUGCGUUAUGGCGAGUAAAGUCCAGACUGGCAGUUCAUCAGGUGUUGCAGUGGAAUGCAACAACUGCAAGCUGAAACUAGUGCCUCAGUACCACAUAUCCUUGUUUGAUGGAUCCGUUCAGAACUUCUGCUCUUAUUCCUGUGUACUAGCAUAUCAGGAGUCAUUCAGUAAGACGAAACCUAACAUGCCGGUAAAUACUGUAACCUCUACAAGCAACAACACAUCUACCCCAAAACCUGCUGCCUCCAAACCUGCUGCUUCAGACUCCAGCUCAUCGGCAAAGACUAGCGCUUCAAGUGGUCCGGCGCAGACAGUCACCAAGAUCCCCUGCUUUCAGUGUCUGAACUCGUUCUUCCACAGACCAGAGCUGUUGGAGUUUAGAAGGAAAAUGUACGCUUUCUGUGGCAACACUUGUAUUGAUGAGUUCAGAAGGAUCUACCGCAUGGAGGCUCGCUGUGAAUACUGCAAGCUUGAUAAAAUUGUAAAAACAGUGAGAAGGAUAAAUAAGGUUGACCGUUCUUUCUGCAGUGAGAGAUGCAAGACACUCUUUGAGCAGAGCCUGUUCAAACGCUGGGGAAAGAAACACUGUUGCAACUGCUUCUACUGUAACAGCACGUCUAAGACUAUAGCGACUGAUGUCUUUGAUGGCAAGCAAGAGGAGUUCUGUGGGAACGAUUGCUUGUUAAAACAUCAAUCAUUGAUUCGUCAGGAAGUAAAGUGCUCAAUGUGCAGACAGGCCAAGAAGAUGACCGAGACUGUGAACUGGCUGGGUGAAAUCAAGCAUUUCUGCAGCCUGCGGUGCCUGAUGUUCUUCUGCAGUCUGCAGGGAAUCACUGGAGCCGUUAUCAAAGCUUCAAGUAAAUCUCAAGCCACACAAGGUGUGACCCCAGUAACCUCUGCAGUUCCUCAGAGUACUAAAGAGGGCACACCGGUCAUUGCCAAUGUCGUCUCGCUUUCAAGCGCAUCCAAGGAACCGCCAGCUGUUUUGGGAAGCACAGAUCCAAAAGGCUCUGUUCCUGCAAAAGUCACUGGAAAUAAACGUGCUGCAAAAGCUCCUGUCUCAUCAUCCCAAACCCAGAAAGAUAAGGACUUGCCAUAUAAAUCCAUAAGCAAAAACAAAGCCACGUCCUGUAAACCCCACACCUGUGAGGCUGAAACCCAAAUAGAUGGAACUCCUAAAGUUAUAGUGCUGCCUGUGCCGGUGCCAGUGUAUGUGCCAGUUCCAAUGCAUCUCUACAGUCAGUAUGUUCCACAGUCUGUGGGGCUUCCGCUUCCGGUUCCCGUGCCCUUGUUCUUCCCUACAACUCUGGACAAUGCUGAGCACAUUGUGAAGACCAUUCAGGAAAUCAAAGAGAAGAUUCCUGACGAUCCUCUGGAAGCAGACCUCAUCAUGAUGGCGGAGAUGGUGGCUGAAGAUGCAGAGAAGGACAAACAAGUCAUCUCUAGUGAUCAGACUGGUAACAUAAUGGAGGACCUCGAUUUGGAAGAUCUAUCCAGCAAUCUGAGUUGGGAGGAGGACUCUGUGUCCUCUGCCCAGACAUGGGAUCAAAUCCCAGAGCCUGAGAAGCCUCCUCCGUCCAGAUCUGCCACACUGACCCCCAUCUCCACCGAGGCAGAAGAGCCACAGAUGGACUUGGAGGCAGACUUCCCAAUCGAGAGCAUUGAACUUUUCAGAAAGCAAAUGCAAAAGGAGAUCAAUUCUGGCAAACAGAGAUCUCGCAAGAGAGGAUAUGAUGGCUUUCCUGAGAAGAAACAAGGCAGUAAGUGUGCAUCGGUAGCUCCAAACAGCCUCUCCAAACUGCACCAUGAAUACGGAGUCAAAGCCUGGAAGAAGUGGGUACGCUGGAGGAACACCCAACCCAACAUGGAGACUCUCAAAUUAGGCUCACGUAGUAUGACACUAAAGGAGGACUUGCUGAAGUGUUGCACUGCUGAACUAAGCUACGGCCUCUGCAAGUUCAUUUCUGAAGUUCGUCGACCCAACAGAGAGAAAUACAGCCCUGACAGCAUUUUUUAUCUCUGCUUGGGCAUCCAGCAGUAUCUGUUUGAGAACAAUCGGAUGGAGAACAUCUUCGCAGACGUCUUCUACGCCAAAUUCUCCCAUGAAAUGAGCAACAUACUCAGAGGGUGGAAACCAACUAUUUUGCCCAGUGGCUACGUUCAUUCUCGUGUGGAGGAGUAUCACCUGUGGGACUGUAAGCAGCUGGGAGCAUUUUCUCCUGGUGUGCUGCUCAACACGCUGCUUUAUUUCUUCACCAAGUACUUCAACUACAGGACAGUGGAGCAGCACCGCCGCCUCUCGUUUGGCCACAUCAAACGCUACUCUCGAGGACAGGCCAACAACAAAGUGUCCUUCCUACGUUUCUAUCCCCCGAAAGAUGACACAAGCACAGGUCAGUGGUCACUUUUUGUAAUGUGUUUUUUGUUAAUAUGUUUUUACUUAAUCAUUUUGUCCAAUUUAGACGGUGUCCCUCUAAAGAAGAAGAAGAAGGAAGAUGAACGGCAGAGGGUGCUAAAAAUACGGCAGAAUUCGGACAAUCCUCUCCGCUGUCCUGUCAGGCUGUACGAGUUCUAUCUCUCAAAAUGCUCGCCCGGCAUAAGACAAGACACGACCCAGUUUUACCUGAGUCCUGAGCGCUCCUGUGUACCCAGCAGUCCCACAUGGUUCUCAACCACUUCGCUGAAUGAUGAGGCUCUGGACAGCAUGCUCACACGUAUCCUUACUGUCAGAGAGCUGCACCUGGAAAGAGACAAAUUACCCAAUGAGAGUGAUUCAGACAGUGACUCGGACUUCUCACAGUUUUACUGAACAAACCUGAAUGCGUCCUUGGGAUUUUGACUCUUGUUCUGGAUGCUGGAAAGCAAGCUGUUUGUUGUUUUGUUCUCCAUUUUCAAUCUUCCUUUAGUAGACGGUCACAUUGGGAUUCUUGUAAGCCGCCACCUUUCUAUUAUAUUUAAACACUAAAGACGUCGACAGCAUCAUUCCAAAAACAGUUUUUGAAAUUGUUGUUUUUCAUUGCAAGCCACGUUGGUUCAAAUAGAUGCAAUGUUCCUGAAACUGACUCUUGAUGGCUUUUUUAUGGAUAAAAAGACUGUGAAACUGA